CUUCCAGUUUAUUAAAUGAAUUUCAAGUAGUACUAACAACUUCUCCUCCUUUUUUUUUAAUACAACCGAUGUGCUCCCCUUUAUCGUGGUAUUAGUCUUGCAUAAUAUUAACUUAGAAGACGGAUCCAAAAUCAUAUCAGUUCAGUGUGUGAACAGCGACAGCAGAUUAAUCGUCCAUUGUUUGUGCCCGCAAUGCCAUUCAGUUUGCUCCGACCCAAGCAUUGUAAUUCCGCAAAAGGUGUUUGGAAAAAAAAAAGUCAAAAUCCAGCCCCAGUUGCUGCCUUUUCCUUGUUCUUUUGUUUACCAGGUUCAGGAAAAAAAAUAUUCGAUGCCACCUCGCGACCCGGCAAUAGCGGCCCAGAGUGUACAGACACCCACUGAAAAUGUACAGGACAAGCUACUAGACCACUCUAUGCAAGAUCAUUGGAAAGCAGAAAUGCCGGGAUCGCCUAAAACCUUAUACAAUCGUGAAGAAUUGCUCUCCUAUGCAAAAUGUUUUGUAUAUGACAGUAAUGAUACAGCACCAAUAGCCUUAAUAUCACGAGCGAUACAGUGGAUAAAGAGCGUUCCAAGUGCGCUGGUUCGUUAUGGAGUGCUACUGCCCAUUCGUCUUGCUUCGUUGAGUGCGGCUACGAUCGCGUUUUUCGUGUCGUUACCGAUUGCCGUUACUUUGGAGAGUAAAAGCAUGGUGUCGACACUGGUAAAAUAUUAUUGUAAAGGAAUCUUGUUUUCCUUGGGCACCAUUCCGCGUUACCUUGGCAACAAACCAUGUCUCUCUGAACCUCAUGUCUUUGUGGCCAAUCAUACUUCAUACCUCGACUACAUUCUUGUCAGUGCAUGCCGUUUUCCAAAUGCGGUUGUCAUGGCACGCCACGGUGGCGCACUCGGCUUUCUUCAAAAUAAUGGCUUAAAUUUUCUGCAUUCGAUGACAUUUGAUCGAUCCAAUACCGAGGAAAGAAAGGAUCUUGCUGGCCGAUUAAGGAAACAUGUCAUGAAUCCAACUACCUGGCCCAACCCAAUGAUUAUUUUCCCUGAAGGAACCUGUGUAAACAACAAGUAUUCGAUCCGAUUUCAGAAAGGCGCGUUUGAACUUGGCGUCAAAGUGUGCCCUGUUGGAAUCAAAUACGAUCGCUAUUGGGGAGAUCCUUAUUGGGAUACGCGAAAGGGAUUCUUGUAUUACGCCUUUUAUCGCAUGACACGAUGGAUAACACCGGUCGACGUCGUCUACUGCACACCACAAGACCUUCGCCCAGAAGAAGAUGCAGUCCAAUACGGUGAGCGUAUCAAGGCUGUGAUUUCCGAUACCAUUGGCUUAGAGAGCGAAGAUUUUAAUGGCAUGGCCAAACGAGAUCUGCUCAAGAUUUUAGACGAAAAGUAGUAUAGUUUCUGUGUAAAUAUUGCUUUCCUUUUGUGUGUACCACUUUUCCUUUCAGGACCCCAUCUCUUUUUUGUAUAUAGCAUUACAUUUUCAUAUAUAUCUUUGUCUCUCGUUUGAUUGUUCAUUGCACCUCGCUGCUAAAGCAAAAAACAACGUAUCAUUUAUGAUCCAUAUUUUUUUUUGUGUCUAA